AAAAAAAUCCCCACUACCAAUUCCAACAUGGCUGCGAUCAGGAGUGGGGUGACUCCGGGUUGUCUAACGAGAUGUUUUUUAAGACCAAGUGGAAUACCAAGUGCAGGCAACCCUUCAUUUACAGAGAGAUGGAACCAGAGGUUUCUACAGAGAUCCCAUCUUCACACAGUAGUAGAAUGCAGGAGUCCUACAACUAGAGCUGUUCUCGGUCGACGUCACAAUGGAAGGUUAUUAUUGGUCAGUGCAGUGUCCGUCAGGCACAACAGCUCACAGAUCACAAGUGAAAGUAUUCCUACGGCAACUCCAGUGCUGGAAGCAUCCAUUGCCAGCCCUGUCGUCGUUGACCCCGCGCCUAUAAUCACGCAGCCAAUCGCCGACCAGGUGUUAGAGGCUGCACCAACCGCAGUGGAUGUUCUGCAGGGGGCGGGAGCAGAGCUGAGCCUAUCAGAGCUGGGCCUUGGGAGCGCCACUCCUGUUGGCCUGGUCCAGAACCUACUGGAGUUCAUGCAUGUGGACAUUGGGAUGCCGUGGUGGGGAGCCAUUGUUGUAGGCACAGUGCUGGCUCGCAUCAUGGUGUUCCCGGUCAUUGUGAAGGGUCAGAGGGAGGCAGCUAAGCUGAACAACGUUAUGCCAGAGAUGACUAAACUCACCAACAAGAUGAACGAGGCCAAACAGAGCGGAAACAAGUUUGACUUUGCUAAGGCGUACUCUGACCUGACCAUGUUCCAGAAGAAACAUGACGUCAACCCCCUCCGUGGCUUCCUGGUCCCUCUGGUGCAGACUCCAGUCUUCAUCUCCUUCUUCAUCGCUCUCAGAAAGAUGUCCUACCUCCCUGUCCCCAGUAUGCAGACAGGAGGUUGCUUGUGGUUCUUAGACCUCACAGCAGCAGACCCUUUCUACAUCCUCCCCAUUGCUGUGACCGGGACCAUGUUUGCUAUACUGGAGUUGGGGGCAGAGUCAGGUGUGGACAACCCUAACCUGAAAGCCAUGAAGACAGUGUUCAGAAUCAUGCCCUUCGUCAUCCUGCCUCUCACCAUUAACUUCCCCACGGCAGUGUUUACGUACUGGAUGACGUCCAACUGCUUCUCCCUGGCCCAGGUGGCCCUGCUCAAACACCCCCUGGUCAGACAGAAGCUGAGGAUCCCAGAGAGGAUCGAACACCCGGCCUCCGCCCUGCCCCAGAACGACGGCUUCAUCAAGACCAUCAAGAAGGGCUGGAAGAACGCUCAGCUUGCCCAGCAGUUGGAGGAGAGAGAAAGGAGGAUCAAGAACCACCUGGAUAUUGCAUCAAAAGGUCCAUUGAGGCAGACCUUCACUCACAACCCUCUACAACAGUCGACACCAUCCAUUACAGCAACAGCAACCAAGUCAGCCAAAGCAAAACAAGCAUCCCCAGCAACCGAUGGUAAGAAGAGGCCAUGGGAGGAGACUAUUGGUUGAAGAAGCGUGAUGGACAGUUUGAAGGGCCAAUGAAUUAUGUGUGCAUAUUUAUUGAGAGAGGGAUUGGUAGACAGGACAUGGGCGCAGAGGGUAUGUCGUUAUAAAUGUAUUCUAAAUAAAGAGCAAACUUCUGUUGCCUUAUAACGUCUGUGUACAUUAUGACAACCUGAAUUCUGAUUUGAAAACAUUAAAUCGUAUUGUUGAUUAUAUCCAUUGGAAUGACUGCAAUGGAAUUGUUACAACCAGAGUCAAUAUAUAUAUAUAUAUAUAUAUAUAUAUAUAUAUAUAUAUAUAUAUAUAUAUAUAAAAUUGACCCUUCCCCGUUGUGCGGUUUAUUUCUGGUAGUUUUCAAAACCUAAGACGUUAAAGCAGAUAUGGAAUUUGUUGACACCACAACACAGUACACAGACUUGGAUAGGGAAUUGUCGUCGGCGGUCUCAUAUUGUUACAUAAAAAACAUUUACAAAAUAAAGGCAGCCAUUCUAAAACCUGGCCGAUUUCUAUAUAUGGCUCUGGUUACAACUACUGUCUGUGUUCUACUCAUCCAUGGUGGGAAUUUAGAUGAAAAAAUGUCAGUCAUUUAAAAUUUCUAUAAGUAAUUUAUUAUAAAUACAGUCAACUACUAUUCAUCGACUCAACCAACCCCCUCCUCCUUUGCUUCACAAAGAUCUUAAAAGCUUCAGGUGGAACAGACAUUUACAUAGGAUACAAAAAAAUAGUGGCUAGUGCUACCUGUAUUCUACAUUCUACUGUCCUAAUAGUCUUCACUACAGGUGAAGACAACCUUUAUUGUCAGCAGUGCUCUGUUUCAAUGAUUAUCUCCUACCUACCCACAUACAACAAAUUAACCCUCAGUAAUUAUAUUUCUUUCCUACGUGUCUUCAGUAUCUAUUUUUUUGUUAUUCAAUAAUUACAUUUUAUUUAUGCCACUUCACAGGUAUCAGUAGACUUAUGCCUCUAUCUGGCUGUGUUUACAAAGGCAGCCCCAUUCUGAUAUUUUGCCCAAUUAACAGCAAAAGAGCUGAUCUGAUUGGUCAAAAGACCAAUUAGUGGAAAAAGAUCAGAAUUGGGCUGCCUGUGCAAACGCAGCAUAAAUAUCAGUAUUUGAGUAAAACAUUAAGGCACAGGAAUGGUUUAGUAUUGAUUCUUCUGGAGUGUGUGUAUGUGGAACGUCCUCUGUGAUGUCAGAGGCAACUGGAGUGUCACCCUGGCCGUAGAACGACCCCAUCGUCCAAUGAACAUUAACAUAUCAUGGUGAUGAUUGGUUGGCCAGAGAUAUGAUCCAAUGAAUGGCUGCCGUUUGAAUCAGCCAUCUGAUUUGCAGCCUGUGGCUGAGGGAGAUAAUGGCCAGGAGGUGUUUUGUGCGUCCUUCACUCCAACUUUUCUAUGACAUCCAACUCAGUCACAACAGAAUAGCACACCUUCUGAAUCAACAGACCAAAGUUGGC